GGAGUAGCUCUAGAAAUAUAACAGUUUUAUAUCAUAUAUCUUGGGCGUAUGUUUGUGUCAGCAAGAAAGGCACGAUUGAGGUCUUCCACAUCCGAGUUCAGCGGCCAUGAUUCAUUCUAACUCUCUUCAAAAUCAGAUUGUUACAAGGCUGAAACUGGGAAGUGAGGAGUUUCUGCAGAAGGUACUCAACAACAGAAGAUGGACAUUGCCAACUCCUGAAACCAAAAUUCACCAACUAGUACACACACAAGGCCCUAAUUUUCUGUUGAACACCCACCCACCUUUCGGUGAUGCCAACCCUCUGAGUAAAGAAAGGAACUAUUUUUAUGUCGUUCGGGAUGAUUUGUUGCACCCACUUGUUAAUGGCAACAAAGCAAGAAAACUUGAUGGAUUACUUCCUGUCCUUCAACGUUAUUCUGUCACUGAUGUGGUUACAUGUGGAGGUUGUCAGAGUGCUCACACAGCUGCUGUUGCGGUUCUGUGUGCUGAGAGAGGAAUUGUGUCACAUCUGCUUCUACGAGGAGAGCAGCCUGAAAUUUUGACUGGCUAUAACUUGAUAUCUUCUAUGUAUGGGAAUGUUACAUAUGUUCCAAGAACUAUUUAUGCGAAUAGGGAAGAGAUGCUAAAGAGCUAUGCUGAGUCAGUGGCUGGUAACAAUGGUUCUGUCCUAUGGCUUGGUGAUAUCAUUGAACCUUCUUCGGCAACUGAAUUGUCUACUUCUCCAAAUUUCAUGCAAAUGGAUGUGAGUAGAAGUGAGGGGAACCAUCGACGAAAUAUUUUAGUCGUCAAAGAAGGUGCUGGUGAUUCUGUUGCUCUACUAGGUGUUAUUCGCUUAGUGGAAUACUUGUCACAUAAUCAUUUACUUGGAAAAGAAAGGCCCAUGAAAUUUGUUGUAGAUGCUGGUACUGGCACAACGGCUAUUGGUUUAGGACUUGCAGCUCAUUGUUUACGGCUCCCAUGGGAGGUAUAUGCUGUCAUGCUGGCUGACAAAAUUGAAGGAUACAGAAAACAGGAGGUGCAUUUGAUUUCUGAAUUUAAGAAGCAUUUUAACAUUGAGUUUAUUGACGAAAUUGUAAAUAGAAAAGAUGCUGGGAUUGUGAAUUGGGUGGAACGUGGUCGUCCAAGAAAGUUUGGUAAUGUUUUGGAGGGAGAAGUGGAAAGGUGUCAACAAAUUGCCCAACAAACUGGAAUUUUGGUGGAUCCUGUGUAUACAUUAGCUGCUUGGGAAACAGCAAUGCUUCUCUCCAGUAACGAUGCUGAAGAACCAGAAGUGGCGUUGCUUCACACUGGAGGCACGUUGGGUAUGUUUGGACUGGCACAGAGGUACAAAAAUUAUUUUGGCAUGCUGAAAAAAGGGGUGUUCUAAUUUAGAUGACAGGUUGAGAUGCUUUAUUUUAGCACAGAGCUACUCUAUUUCAUUUUCAGAAAAAAUGUAUUAAAAAAGUGUGGUUAAUUUU